AUGAAAGACAAUUUCCAAGAAAUAAAAAGAUCGAGAGUUGGUAGAGGAGGAACUGAUCUACUAAAAAAGAUAAAUGAAUACGAAGGCGAAAAUUGUUACAUACCUACAGAUGGUCAUUGUUUCAUCAAAUGCGUCAAUCGUGUUUUAAACGAAGACUACACGAGAGAAUUUCAAGAAUACAUCAACGGGUUUUCAAAAGCAAAUAGAAAAGAAGUGAUGACUUGUGCUAGAAUGAAGGAAUUCAACAAGAAAUUCAACACUUCGUUUCAAAUUUAUAAUCCCAAAAACAGACAUAUUCAUCCCAGAGACGUUCACGAUGAAUUAGAUUGGGUUUGUUACUUACACAACUCGCAUUUCUGUAUGAUUAGAAGAAGCCAAAAAAGUUUGGGAAUUCAAGAAAUAGAAGACAAUUACGAACAGAAGAAUUUUUAUGAUAAACUAAUGAAUGUAGUAGAACCACUUGUAGGUACAGAUUGUAUAGAUCAAAUGUUGAAAAAUAUUGGUCAAUAUGAUAGAAAGAGAUUAAUAUCAAUUUCUCACAACGGCAGUGGAUUCGACAACUGGAUCGUGCUUAAAAAUGCAAAAAAACUAACGCAUUGCCCUUUAAAAACACCCAGAGGAAUUCUAUCUUUUCCUUUAUCUAAUCCAUACACGGAUGAAGAUUUACAGAAAAAAUGGAAAAGACAGAAAGAAAUAAAGGGUAAUUAUUUACAACAUAUAAAUUUCACGUGUUCCUACCAACACGAAUCCUCUAGUUUGGCUGCAUGGGGAAAUUCUUUCAAUCUUCCCGCGAAUUUGAGAAAGAUUGCCGACGUAGAUAUCGCUAAAUACACGCAAGACAACUGGGAGGAAUUGAGACACGAAUGGGAACCUUACGCCAAGAGAGACACUCUCUGUUUGGGAGCUUGUUUGAUAAAAUACAACCAAGUCACGAAAGAAGUUGUAAACCAGAAUAUGUCCAAUAAUCUAACGGCUCCAUUUUAUCUUUAA